CCCAUCGCCCGCGCACCUGCCUGAGCCAUGGAGGUGGGGGCAGCGAGGGACCCCCAUGGGGUCUGGGGGGACCCCCCGGUAGGGACCUACAUCAUCCCGCACAGCCUCCAAGCCAAGCGAUCUUCCCAUGGAGCCAUACCGGUGCCCCAGCAGCCGGUGAUGAUCCUCCAGCAGCUUCCUGGGACCUGCCUGGCCCCUGCCACUGGACCCCCACAUGUCCGGGGAGAGCCCCUUACCCUGGCAGAUUUAAUCGAGUUGAUGAUGAUUCAAAACUCCCAAAUGCACCAGGUGGUGAUGAACAACCUGGCUGUAUCGGCAUUGACGUCCUUCGGGUUCGGGCCAUCCCCAGCUGCUGCCCAGGAGAUGGUGGUGCCUUUGCAGACCGGAGAGGAAGAGGAGACUGUGGUUUUUCACCAUCACUACAUCCCCUGCCCUGGUCCCGCUCCCAUCCUGGCAUGGCCGGUCCUGAUGCAGGAUCAGAGGCCGGUGGCCCUGCGGUACCCGGGCACAGGCUCAUUAGCUGAGGAUGGGGAGCCCCGCGCAGUGCCCCCUCCUCCACCCCCCAGUGCCACGGGGACCGUGGGACCCAGUGUCCUACCAGCAUCAGAGUACUACAACAUGCUGGAGGAGAGGCUGUGAGCUCCGUGCUUCCCAAGAUGGUUUCUCCUCCACGUCCCAGCCUUUGACCCCAGAAGAUCCUGCAGGUGCUGAGCAUGGG